AUGCUGCUCCUUGACCUUCCACCAGAGAUCUUCCAGCGGAUCGUCGCGUUCUAUGUUUCUAACGCUGGCAUCCGGAAGGCUGCUAAAAUUCGCGGGGUCUCCAAGACAUUCCGCGACUACAUCAACGAGGAGAUGUUUGCGCGACAGCACGCCAGCGCAUUUGUCUCCAAAGUGCCGAGGAAGUUACUCCAGAAGAACGUUGCUUUGUUCCUGGAGUACAGAUCGAUGUCGUUGUACGGCGCUCCGGACCUUCUUCCCUCCCUCAUUCACAGAGCGGUCGAUCACAUGGUGGAAGUCACCAACAAGACCACCGACAAGGAACGGGCUGCUUUGACCCAAGGGGCUAUCACGGUGGUGAGCACGCAUUGUGAUGGGGUUCAUCAUCUAGCGGUCGCCCCUACACAACUGAAGACCAGAAACUAUUUGCAUGAUGCCGUCGACGUCACAUCCUUGAGCAUUGCUAUAUAUCUGGGGAAGAAAGGCUUCGUAUCGCAGCUCCUUGACCGCAAAAUCAAUCAUUGGGGUCGGACGCAUCUGUUCGGUUCCCUUCUCUGCGUUGCCGCCAAGCAGAACGACAUCUGGAGUCUCAGGCGUCUCCUUUCAACCAUGACAGAGGAUUCCGGUGGUCUCCUUGUAAAGAGUCGGUCCAACAUCAUAAUCGAAGCCCUCGAUACAGCAGCACACAGAAAACACUGGUCUGUCGCUGUCGUACUUUUCAAAUGGCACAUCGCCCAUAUUAGCGUGCGCAUCAGCAAGCAUUACGGAAGUCUGUUGAAACUUGCUGCAGCAUCUGAUGGUCUCUCGUUGCUACGAGAAAUUCCCUGCCAUAACCAUGUCAUUACCCAACGGGCAUUGCUCAUCGGUCUGUUGAAGAACCCAGCGCCAAAAGAUGUACUUCACCACUGCGUUGGCGAGAAAGGAAUGAGAGAUUGGUUAGAAGUACGUUGCGACGAGAUGAACGAGGCAAGAUCGCUGCUCGAUCUUGCUGUUCGCGAGGACAACCUAGCACUAGUCGAAGCCACGGUUUACGUCCAAGCCCAAGUUGACGGUGCUCGGCUUUACGCAACCCUCUCUACGGCAUUUCGCGAAGCCAUUCUGCGGAACAACGACGCUAUGGUGCGAUUCUUUCUGAAGAAUGGUGUCGAUCCUGAGGCUCCGAUUCAUCCACGUCUAGCCCUGAAGAGCAUUCGUCCACCCACAAGCACGUGCGACCUGGCUCGACCUGGCUCGAAAGUCUACUCCAUAGUGAGGGAAGCGAUUGUGCGCAAGAUGGAGAAGCUUCAGAGUAAGUAUCAGUCGCCAGAGUACUACGUUUGGAGCAAGGAGCUGCAGGAAGAUGUGCUUAUGUCAUACACAUUCCAUGCUCCCAAGCUCUGA